UUUCUCGGAAGGCGCUAUGAAAGGGAUCUACAGUCGCCGUCCGCAUCCGUUGGAUUCCAGUCGCUCUGUCUGGUUGGUUGCCUCUUCGUCCGCUCUCUCUUCUCUGGCGAGCACUACGCCGGCGCCGUCGACGGGAUGGACGCCCAGUCUCCUUGGAGGGCAGGAGCGAUGGCUUCUAGGCUAUCGUACAAGAACGUCACCAUCGCCGUGUGCGCCUUCAACCUGCUCGUGGGCGCCCUCCUCCUCCACAACUACUUCUCGUCCUGGACACGCAUCGCCGGCGGCGACCGGUUCGAUUCUGCUCAGCUACGGUUUAUCUGGGAGUCUGAAGAAUUGCGGCGUGCAAUGGAGCCUGUGGAUUUGAUUAGAAGAGUGAAGGAAAUCGAGCAAGAAGCUUAUGGUGAGCAUGGCAUGACAACACAAGAAGAUCCCAAACAGACAGCUGCUGUUGAUUUAUCAAACAGGCUGAAAGAUUUAAGGGCAGGGAAUGAUGGCAGCAGCCAAAAAGCUCUUGAAGAAUGGCGUAAACGGAAGAUGGAACGUGCAAGGCAACGAGCAAUCGAAAAGAACGGGACAACAUCUGGUGUGAAAACACGAUGAAGUGAGUGAACUAUUUAUACAGCGCCAUGGAUAAUCUUUUUGUUGAGCUCUGGAGCUGCUGUGGUGUGUAUGCUACACAGUCUGUUCAGCCUAGGUGACAGUAGCUGUGAUAUCUGGUGUUUGUAAAAUUACUUGUACCACUGUUGUAGAAGAAGUAAAGUUUAAUGAAAUUGAUUUUCAAUAUUGUUGCGAUUUAAGUAGCUGGAAAAGAAAUACGGGAUUUCAAAUUUGUCCUCAA